GAGCGGAAACGACGAACGGUGCUGUCCUCACCCCCCUGCUUGGAGACUUUUAGCAACGCUUUGUGUGUUCGUUUGUUCGUUUUAAAAAAAAAAAAAAUAAAAAUGCUUAUUCCAGUAGUGGACUUUGCUGCGUACGGCCUGAGCCGGAGAGACGUUACCGACGAGCAGCUGAACGGCUUGAGCAAAGAGGUGAAGGCGGCGCUGGAAGAAAUCGGUUUCGUUUUUCUGAAGAACAGCGGUAUCACCCAAGAGGAGGUGGACCGCGUCAUGGACGUUUCCAGGAGAUUCUUCCAGCAGCCCGAUGAACUGAAGCGGCCCUUCAGAAGGAACAGCUUCGCCGACAGUCCCAACCACGGCUGGGUGUCGCUGGAGUCCGAGAGGUUGAAUCCACGUCGACCUGGAGACCUGAAGGAGGCAUUCAACACAGUUUCACUUCACCCUGACAUAAAAUGGCCGUCAUCAGAGGCUGUGACUGGGUUCCAGGAGAUCCAGACGUCUUUCUUCCACAGAUGCAAAGAGCUGAGCCUGCGGGUGCUGAGGGUGAUGGCCCACUGCCUGGGUCUGGACCCGGACGUGUUCCUGAGUGUGCACCGUUUAAUAGGAACCGAUGAGAACGGCACAACGCUGCGGUCUCUGUACUACCCACCCGUGAACUCUGAGAAAACGAAGGAGGGUCAGCUGCGAUGCGGGGAGCAUUCAGACUACGGCAGCAUCACACUGUUGUUCCAGAGCUCUGAAGGUCUGCAGGUCCGCACACGUUCAGGGGAAUUCAUCUGUGCUCCCUGCAUCCCUGGAGCCGUCCUCGUCAACAUCGCUGACCUGAUGCAGCGCUGGACCAGCGACCGGUUUGUCUCUGUGCGCCACAAGGUUUUGCUGCCCCCUGCCGGAGACUCCAGCACACGUCAGUCUCUGGCUUUCUUCGUCCAGCCAGAUGAUGAGGCUGUGAUCACCUGCUGCGACGGCUCCAGCAAAUACCCCCCAGUUAAGGCAGGGGAAUACCUCACUGAGCGUUUCAAGGACUCCUACGGAUGAAGCUGAAUUUCCAUCCAUGAACUCUGUGGAUGGAUGGAUAAUGAAUAAGUACACACACACACACACACACACAUAUAUAUGUAUGUGUGUGUAUGUGUAUACAUACAUUAUGUGUGUGU